AAACCCAAACCUUAUAUGGCGUCUCUAUCUACAACUCUGAAACCGCUAGCUUCCUUUUCACCAUUUGUUAAACAACGUAACCCCAACAGUAAUAGUAAUCAUGCCUUGUUCACUUAUCACACACCCAACUCCACAAACUACAUGUUGUCCAAACGAGGAGGGUCCGUGGCUCACAAGAAACUCACGUUCGUGGCUGUUCAUGAUGCACCGGAUCAGGUCGAGAGCUUCUCUAGAAUAACCUUUUCGGAGGUCGUGGUAGCGAGAGAGAAGAAGCCAUUUUGGAAAAGAAGUUGGAAGCCUGGAGAAGUGAUCAAAUUAUCCCGAUUCGUUGUGGUGCAUUUGCAGCUCUGGGCUCCAUUUCACUUCAGUUGGGCGGCGUUUCGGCUUUUCUUUUGGCUCGUAAUCAUCAACGGAAUCUGCAUUACAUUGUCUUAUCAUAGGAAUCUUUCGCACCGAAGUUUCGAUCUACCGAAAUGGCUUGAGUAUCUCUUUGCAUAUGGAGGUGUUCUGGCUUUUCAGGGAGACCCGAUAGAGUGGGUGAGCAACCAUCGGUACCAUCAUAAGUAUUGUGAGACACGACGUGACCCACACAGCCCUAUACAAGGGUUUUGGUAUAGUCACGUGACAUGGAUAUUUGAUACCGGUUCUAUCCUCAAAAAGUGUGGUGGAUAUGAGAAUGUAAGUGACCUAUUGAGGCAGCCCUUCUAUAGGUUCCUUCAGCGAAGCUUCGGUUUGCAUCAGAUAGCUUUUGGCCUUCUCCUCUAUUUCUGUGGAGGCAUGCCCUUCCUCGCAUGGGGACUUGGUGUGGCAACCGUGGUUCGAUCCCACACAACUUUUCUGGUGAAUUCAGUUUGCCAUAUAUGGGGAACGCGAGCUUGGAAUACACCUGACUUCUCCAAAAACAACUGGUGGGUAGCGAUUAUAACAUUCGGCGAAGGAUGGCAUAACAAUCAUCAUGCGUUCGAGUUCUCGGCUAGGCAUGGACUUGAGUGGUGGCAACUCGACGUUACUUGGUAUCUCAUUAGGUUUCUUAAAGCUAUUGGUUUGGCCACUAACGUUAAGUUACCUACCGAAGCUCAAAAGAAGAGAAUGGCUCGUAAUUAGUUCCUUCCUAUUUACAACAUUAUAUAAGUUACAAGUACUGUGUAUGCAAAAGUCAACGAAAACCAUGACUUGGGAUUCAGUUUCCCAAGUCCUAACGGUUACGUAAGUAAGAUAACUAUUUAAGUGUGAGUGCUGUCUUAAUAAAGAACACGAGUUUCUUAUGAA